AUGGCUAAUUUCGCUCGUCCGUUGCAUGAUGUGUUCCUAAAAACGGAUUCAUUGAUUGAUUCUCCUGAGACCUCUUCUUGGUCAGUCGAGAAACUGAAGCUUCUUUUUGAGUCACAGAAGUUGUGCUGCGAAACAGUUUACUCGUUCAGUUUUCAUGAAUUGCCACAGUUCUUCAAAGAUCAUAUGGCAAAGUGGAUGAAAGAGUUUAUCAAGUACUUAUCCUCAGCUUAUCCCGCUUUGGAAAACACAGCUGAUAGAUUAAAAGCUGUUGAUGAUCUUCAUGCUUCUGUUUGCGAGACUAUUAACCUGUAUAUGCAGAAAUACCAACAAGAGUUUCAAGACUUUUGGAAUGAUUUUGCAUCCGCUGUUUGGACAUUACUCCGAGAUGUGUCCAUGUCUUCUACGAGGGAUGAAUUAGCUACACAGGGAUCAAAUGAAGAACUUUUCGAGAAGGACUACAUGGAUUUUAUCCGUAGAGACAUAGGAGGUGAUGUGGAUACUAUAAGGACAGCAGCUUGUGACCUGCUCAAAGGAGUUGCCACAAACUACAGACAACAAGUGAUAGAAGCAGUUUCUAUUGAAAUAUGGAAGCUCUUGGAUUCAUUUUCAGCUGAUCCGACUGCAUGGUGGAAAGAUAAGGCAAUAGCAAUUGAUUUGUUCAUCUCUCUGGCUACUCCAACGGCAGGGGGCUUGUCUAUGUCUAUAGAUCUCAGUGUUGUUAGAAGCUUCUUUGCAAAUUAUAUUCUGCCAGAGUUGGAAAGCAUCGAAAUCGACAGCUUUCCAUUGCUAAAGGCAUGGUCCUUGAAGUUUGUAUCAAUGUUUCGUAGUCAUCUACCUCUUAAUAAGGUGACCGUGGAUUUGCUUAUGUUGCUGAGUACAGAUUCUAACUUGGUCAACUCCUAUGCCGCCAUUUGCAUAGAGCAACAAAUCCUCGAAAAUGAAGAAGCUUAUAUUCUGAAGUGUUUGAUGGUGGCCAUUGGUUUUGCCAAAACCAGUGAUGAUAAGUUUGUUGAAAAAUGCUUGAAGGACUUGGACUUGCUUCGGAAUGAUAUUAAUACAGAGUUUUGUGUCACAGCUGAAGCUGGAGAGAUAGAGAAGUUGCAACUCGGAAGUGGCAAAGAAGGCAAAUGA